AUGCCCUUUUGUUCACAAAUGAAAUAAAUAGGAGCGAUGUUCCCCUCAAACCAAUUCAGUCAGCUCACACACCUCCUACACUCACUCUGAUCAUACCAAACCAAAGCUACUUUCACCAUGCAAGCCAUCAUUGUUCUUGCCUGUAUCGUGGGGAUGGCACUCUGUGCUCCUCAACAUGCCCCCUACAUUCAGGUGGAGAUUAAACAAGCUCCAGGGGUAGCUGGAGCCGCACCUGCAUCAGGGUCUUCUCUGCAGUCUAUCCUUGAUGCGCUGAGAGCUGCCCAGGCGGCUGGAGGGCCCCAGGUCAUUGUGAAGCAGGAGAUCCCUCAGCCCGCUGGCAGAGAGAGCGUGGAGAUCUUUUACCCCUUGGCCCCUGCCGCUCCUGCCGCUGCUGCGGUCCCUGUUGUCCCUGUUGUCCCUAAAGUCCCUGAUGUCCCUAUUGUCCCUGUCGUCCCUGUUGUCCCUGUUGUCCCCGCUGCGCCCGCAGCCCCUGCUAAGGCUCCUUCCAGUGAUGAUGAGGAGGAAGAUGAUUAGAAAACUACACUCGCCAAGCCAAUUCCUUGCCACUGGUAUCCAAGACCCGGAAUAAAGAUGUGACCUUGAUAGCUGCUUCCUCUUUCCUAACUUGAUCAUGCAAUGUACUCUUAGCUCCGCUGAGAGGCUCGAAAAUGUGGUGCUACUCCUCUGGCUUUCCGUUUCCCACGGGAAGCCAUUAAGCUCUUUCUGUUACCAUUUUGUAUACUGUAGUUUGUUUUGACAGAUUUAAAAAAAACUAAAUAAAUCUUAGAAUUUGUCACAUGAA